AUGGAUAUUCUUUGCCAAAGUUGUAUAAACCAUGAUGAAGACUUGGUUGGCUAUCCAGAUGAUGAUCGAGGUGAAAACAUCGAAAGUGAAAGAGCGCAAAACAACUACAGCCGGGAAGACAGCGGUUAUGUUUUGAACGUCAACGCUCCAUGCAUGCAAAUCGGUAGACAAAACGACAUAAGUUUUGGUUCAGUGGAUAAAACUUCUGACAGCAAAGUAAAUGAAAGCGAUGAAAGUGGUCCCGUGCUGACAGAGUUUUGGAGACCAGCUGGCAAAUUGGGCGUCGGUCGCAGUAGAAUUGGUUUUCCAGAUUGUAAAUACGAUCACUUGGUUCAACUGUUCGUCCGCAAGAAUAAGUACACGAGAGAAGCUCUUGACAUCACAGAUGAUUACAAAAUAACCAUUACGGUAACUUACCAUGAAGCCAAUGAUAGCAGCUUUCAAAUGCCCGAUUAUCAGUGUAAACGCCUCAAAACUGAAACCCAAUGUGGUGUAAACCGAUCAAUGGUGGGUGUUGUUGGCUUCCUGUUUCGUUUUCACGAGCCUAACACAAAAUACAAGAUCACCUGCACGUUGCUUACAACUCCACCAAAAAGGGGAGGAAAAACUAAUAUUGCUAGAGAAACUGACGCUUGUAAAAAACUUAGUGAAAUUUCAGUCGUUUUAGAAACAGGAGAAAGAUCAAAAUGGAAAACAGUUAAGCCCAGGCAGAAGACCGAACUGAGUAAGGUUUCACUGUCAUUUGCAUUGGGACAAGCUUCUUUGUCCAAGAUGAACACAGAACUGUGUAAGAGAUCCGCUUGGGUGAUUAAUCAGCUACAGGCGCUUCGUAAUGAUGGAAAGUGGGAAGAUUUCGACAAAUUUUCGGGCGAUCUUCUUCUUAAAUAUCCUGAUACCGACACGCAAAUUACUAUUAAAAUGGAACAGGGCUUGGCAGCUCUAUAUAGAAACAAAGUCGCAAGCGCUCUUGAGUUUCUUGAUGAAUCUUUCAAGUUAAUGCCACAGGCCAAGAACGUAGAACUUUUAGCUGGUAGAUACUACGGUUAUCGCGCGGGAAUCGCUAGGCGAAAAAAGAAUUUAGGUGAAGCCGCGACAUUCAUGCAACUUGCGCAAAAGAACACUAUUGCUUGUCACACGCACCUAGACUUCAUUAGCUACAUCGCCUACGAGAAGGCCACUGUUUUGCUCGAUUUCAUUGGACUCGCACCUCAGAAAAGCCUUCAACGAGUGAGAGAGGCUCUGGAUAAUCUUGAAAGGAGCAUAGAUCUGUGUAUGCAGCUGGAAAGGGAUGAUCACGAUCUUCGCAUACAAAGGCACCACUUCGCCUUCAUCAAAAUUGCAAUGUUGUCGCUCGACUGUCGAACGGAUGCUGCGCGCGAACGCAUUCUUACCGAGGAAUUUUUAGCAAAAGGCCAGGACUGUCUAAACACACUGAAAACCAAGUACUGGUCAGAGAUCGCCGAGGGUGUUAAGAUUCAGUUCUAUCUGGCUAGCUCCGAUCUAGAAUACCGUAAAGGCAACUUUGUGGAGGCAGAGAGGUUCGCUAGUUUAGCGAAGGACAUGGCGGAAGAUUUCGGAUUCAAUACGGAGACUACUCUCGCCCAAGAACGUCUAUAUCACAUCCGUGUUUGGACUGGAAAUGAUUCACGGCUAUUUACGCUACCAUCCGAAGGCGAGAGUGAAGGAGGGAAAGGUGACAUCGGUUCGACAGCAUCAGAAUCUGAUUGGCUGCAGAGUUUAGACUAG